CACAGUUUCACAGUCCAAGGGAAAGGGGGCAUUGGAGGAAGGAGGCGGGACGAUAUUUAAAAAAAAAACAACCCCAAACUACAACCCUUAGCUCGAGUAGCAACAGAGGAGGGGACUGCUUCUCCCAGAAGGCGAUGCAGCUUGCCAGGGAAACCCACGCAGAGGGUUGUGGGGCGGCGAACUCCCUUCCAGAUGGAGGUGCAUGAAGUACAGUGGGCGGGGGACUCCAUAUCCCAGCAUGCCCCGCGGCGGGCCCUACCGACCGCGACUCCGGGCUUGGCCCCGGCCCUAGCUCGUCGGUGGUGUAUUGGGGCGCGUGGAGGUUGCAGUCUCGGUGGUGCCCGCAGGGACGGAGGAGGGAAUGAGUGAAGAGGAGCAGGGCUCCGGCACUACUACGGGCUGCGGGCUGCCCAGUAUAGAGCAAAUGCUGGCCGCCAACCCGGGCAAGACCCCGAUCAGCCUUCUGCAGGAGUAUGGCACCAGAAUAGGGAAGACGCCCGUGUACGACCUUCUCAAAGCCGAGGGCCAAGCCCACCAGCCUAAUUUCACCUUCCGGGUCACCGUUGGCAACACCAGCUGCACUGGUCAGGGCCCCAGCAAGAAGGCAGCCAAGCACAAGGCAGCUGAGGUGGCCCUCAAGCACCUCAAAGGGGGGAACAUGCUGGAGCCGGUCCUGGAAGACAGCAGUUCUUUUUCUCCCCUAGACUCUUCAUUGCCUGAAGACAUUCCAGUUUUUACUGCUGCACCCGCUGCUACUCCUGUUUUGUCUGCUGUCCCAGCCAGGAGCCCCCCCAUGGAGGUGCAGUCCCCUGUUUCCCCUCAGCAGUCUGAGUGUAAUCCUGUCGGUGCUCUGCAGGAGUUGGUGGUGCAGAAAGGCUGGCGACUGCCUGAGUACACAGUGACCCAGGAGUCCGGGCCAGCCCACCGUAAAGAGUUUACCAUGACCUGCAGAGUGGAACGUUUCAUUGAGAUUGGCAGUGGCACAUCAAAAAAGCUGGCAAAGCGUAAUGCAGCAGCCAAGAUGUUGCUUCGAGUGCACACAGUGCCUCUGGAUGCCCGAGAUGGGAAUGAGGUGGAGCCUGAUGAUGAUCACUUCUCCAUUGGAGUGAGCUCCCGCCUGGACGGACUUCGGAACCGGGGCCCAGGCUGCACCUGGGAUUCCCUACGAAAUUCUGUGGGAGAGAAGAUCCUGUCCCUUCGAAGCUGUUCCUUGGGAUCCCUUGGUGCCCUGGGCCCUGCUUGCUGCAGUGUCCUUAGUGAGCUCUCUGAGGAGCAGGCCUUCCAUGUCAGCUAUCUAGAUAUUGAGGAGUUAAGCCUGAGUGGGCUCUGCCAGUGCCUGGUAGAACUGUCCACACAGCCAGCUACCGUGUGUCAUGGCUCUGCAGCUACCCGGGAGGCUGCCCGUAGUGAAGCUGCUCGUCGUGCUCUGCAGUACCUCAAGAUCAUGGCAGGCAACAAGUGAAGCCCCAGCUGGAUUCACAGACAUGCACCCAUUUGUCUCCUGCACUUCCUGCUCCUGGCCUAUGCACCUGUACACAGCUCUGGUACCCUCUGGAGGUGCCCUCUCUACCUCUGACACAGACUGCCUGCCUUGAGGCUAAGGAGAGCACAGGGUUAAGAGCCAGGGAUCACAAGGCCACAACCUGCCCAGGUUCCAUCAUCAUUGUAUUAAUGGUGAUGAUGAGUCAAAAGAAAAUUGGGGCUCUCCCCUGGAUCCCAAAAUAAACAUGCUGCUCUUUGGAUUUU